AUGAAUCGGAGGUACCUCUAUACUCAAGAUAAUGCCAAGUAUUGUGGUGAUGAUAAUAAGAAAAAAUGUUCUGCUCCCGAUGAAGAACGAGCUGCAAGAUCACUAUUCCACAAGACGUACAAUCAUCAAUUCAAGUACGAGCAUUGUUGGUUGGUGCUGAGGAGCUGCUCCAAAUGGCAACAAUAUAGUGCUGAGAGCAAAGUUGGUAUUGAAGUUGGUCUUGACAAGCGAGGACCGUUUGUUGACACAAUGUCAGAUUGGAAUGUUGGUGGGUCACAUGGGGAUGAUAUGGAAAGGGAAGUGACUGAGACAGGGCUGCCCGAUCAUAACUUUCAGCCAACAUUCCCCGAGACACCUAUCACGGAUGAAUCACCAUUUCAAGCAUCGAAUGGUAACGAGAGAAACGAUGAGGAUCAAAGACCAAUUGGUACUAAGGCUGCCAAAGAAGCGAAACAACGUAAGAAGUCUAGGAAAGGAGAGGCCUCAAGUCAAGUUAGCGAGAGUAUAAACGCUGGAUUCCACGAGAUGAUUGAAACAAGCCGUUCAAAUUGGGAGUUAUUGGUGAAGAACCGCGAAGAUACACGAAGGGAAAAAAUAGAAUUUGACCGGCAGCGCCAUGAGGAUGAUAAAAAGGCGUAUGAAGAGGAGAGACAACUCACCAUGAAGGCCAAAAAAUCAAAGAUCAUGAGGAACAUGGCCGGGAUCACAAAGGAUUUGAUAUCCGCAAGAAGGGAACUUAGGCAUGUACAAUCAGAGACUGAGUAUAGGCAGCUAAAUGCUUUGGUUGCUGCCCUAGAGGUUGAGCUAGAAGCGGAGAUGGAAGAUAUGAAAAAGGAUAAGAACGUGGAAGUAGUACGUCCUCCAAUUCACACCGUUGAACACGGAACGCAACCCUUAAACUCAGAUUGGAGUCAACGCUGGUAAUUUUAAUCAUUG